GCGGCGGCGGCGGCCGCGCCGUCGGGAGGAGGUGCCGGGCCGAGGGAGCCGGCUGAGCCCCCUCGCCGCUGCCCGGCGGCCGCACGGCCCCAUGGACUUCUACGAGGCGCAUCCCUCCGGCAAGGUGGAUUUCGGCAGUAAAAGACCUGUGCUGGUUCUUCAGAAUGACUCUCUCUACUCUCAGAGACGUCCUUACACCAAUGAAGAUGAGGCCUGGAAAACUUUUCUUGAAAAUCCCCUCACAGCAGCUACCAAAGCUAUGAUGAGCAUCAAUGGGGAUGAAGACAGUGCAGCUGCCCUCGGACUGCUCUAUGAUUACUACAAGGUUCCAAGGGAGAGGAGAUCUUCAACAGCUAAACCGGAAGUAGAACAUCCUGAACAAGACCAUAGCAAAAGGAACAGCAUCCCAAAUGUGACUGAACAGUCUCUCAUUUCUGCUGGAGAAAACAGAGUCCAGGUUCUGAAAAAUGUGCCWUUCAAUAUUGUCCUUCCACACACGCCCCAGAUGGGCAUGGACAAGCGAGGCCACCUCACAACCCCUGACACAACGGUCACCGUUUCUAUUGCCACAAUGCCCACCCAUUCCAUCAAAACGGAGACACAGCCCCAUGGCUUUGCCAUCCCACCGAGCGUGUACCACCCUGAGCCCCCYGAGAGGGUGGUGGUCUUCGACAGGAACCUCAAUCCUGACCAGUUCAGUUCCAACACCCAGCCUCAAAACUCCCAGAGGCGGACACCAGACUCCACCUUCUCGGAGACUUUCAAGGAGGGUGUGCAAGAGGUUUUCUUUCCUACUGAACUGAAUCUCCGAAUGGCCAACAUGAAUUCAGAAGAUUAUGUUUUUGACAGCAUUUCUGGGAAUAACUUUGAAUACACUCUGGAAGCCUCCAAGUCCCUCCGACAGAAGCCUGGRGACAGCACAAUGACUUACCUGAAUAAAGGUCAAUUUUACCCAAUCACACUGAAAGAAGUCAGCAGCAGUGAAGGAAUUCAUCACCCCAUCAGUAAAGUCCGAAGUGUCAUUAUGGUUGUGUUUGCUGAAGACAAAACAAGGGAGGAUCAGCUCAGGCACUGGAAAUACUGGCACUCAAGACAGCACACAGCCAAACAAAGAUGCAUUGACAUAGCUGACUACAAGGAGAGCUUCAACACCAUCAGUAACAUUGAGGAGAUUGCAUACAACGCCAUAUCCUUCACCUGGGACAUCAACGAGGAAGCGAAGGUUUUUAUUUCUGUGAACUGCCUCAGCACAGAUUUUUCCUCUCAGAAGGGAGUUAAAGGCCUGCCCCUGAAUCUUCAGAUUGACACUUACAGCUACAAUAACAGGAGUAACAAACCUGUCCACAGAGCCUACUGCCAAAUYAAAGUCUUCUGCGACAAGGGAGCAGARAGGAAGAUCAGGGAUGAAGAGCGAAAGCAAAGCAAAAGAAAAGGCAAGUGCACUGAUCCCAGCUCCCAGCUAAAUGCCUUUUCUGAUGUCAAAGUGCCCAUGCUUCCCUCACACAAACGUACAGACAUCACCAUCUUCAAGCCYUUCAUGGACCUAGACACUCAGCCUGUCCUGUUCAUUCCUGAUGUUCAUUUUGCAAACCUUCAGCGUGGGGCUCACGUCCUUCCUGUUGCUUCAGAAGAACUGGAGGGUGAAAGCUCCAACCUGAAGAGAGGAGCUUAUAUUGGUGAAGAGGACUUUAUUGCUACUCCAAAUAAGAUGGCCAGAAUAGAAGAGCCAAAAAGAGUGUUGCUCUAUGUCCGAAAAGAGUCMGAGGAAGUCUUUGAUGCUCUAAUGUUGAAGACACCAUGUCUGAAAGGCCUAAUGGAAGCGAUAUCUGACAAGUAUGAUGUUCCUUUUGAUAAAAUAGGAAAAAUCUUCAAAAAAUGUAAAAAAGGAAUUCUGGUCAACAUGGAUGAUAACAUUGUGAAACACUAUUCUAAUGAAGAUACAUUCCAACUGCAGAUUGAAGAAGUUGGAGGAUCUUACAAACUCACUCUGACUGAGAUCUAAGAUCACAGAUCCUCUGUGGAUUUUAAACACAGGUCUCAAGUGAACAUUUUCCCAUAAUUCAGUAUGUUGGGCAAAACACUAAUCACCUCCAGAAAAAAAGCUAGGUGUUUGACUUGKUCUGGGGAGCAGAGCAGUGGUUUUGCUUAAUACACUUGUGUUUGUGUUCUUGCUCAUGACCUUAUUUGCACUUGAAAUGGGCAAGCAAAGAUUGGCAAUUAAACGGAAAGCAUGUAUAUAUUUUUACUAGUGUAUAAACCACUAGUAGGUAUGGGAGGGGAAUCUCCUGGAAGGUGGCCUUUUAGACUCGUGAUGUCUUAUUUAUCUAUUCAGUAACCAUGUUUGAGCCCRUUAUCAGCUAAUACCAUUUUACUGGACUGUUUUCUGCUAGGGAGAGCUGCAAAACUACUAAUUUAUAUUAGUAGGAGUUGCAUGCAGGUUGGAGAAAAGUCUUUAUAAUGUUUACUUGUGACCAGGGCAGACUGUUGAAAUCACUUGUGUCAUUUGGGGGGAAUGUAAAACUGCCUUGCUUAUGAAGAACUCGCCUUAGUAACUGUGUGAACUCUCAUCAGAUGAAGCUAUAUUGUAUAUAAGUGCAAUAUAUUUUUGAAGGUUUGUAAAUGUGUACAUAUAAGCGAUAUAUAAUAUAUAUAAAAUAUGGUGUUCUGUAUAUACCGUGACUAUAUGCAAUGAAGCCCAUCUAAAAGGAUGCCAUAUACAGAGAAAACAUAUUUAACGUAGCUAUUUAAAAAUGGACAAACCCUUUUGAUACACCAAAGGUGAGCACACGUUUGUAUAUUCAUAGAAGGCACAAGAGACCUGCUUGUUAAACAUGGAUCUUCCUACGUGGAAGGAAAAAGAUACCAGCUCUCUCCUAAAUCCUCAUGCACAGCCAGGCAAAGGAAGUCCUGGCUUCUCUCAUGAACUGCCUCUGAGUCCUGAAACAGAUGUGUACUGCUGUCCUGGGAGGUAAUUUGGCCUGAGUCUGAGAGCUGGGUCCCAAGCGGAGCUCAGCAGUGCAGUUCUCUUGAACUCUCGCUUUUAGGGGUCAGGGAGAAGGUCUCCAGGAGGGUGGAUUUUUUUUGUAGCAGUGUACCUAAGGCUCAGCUGGAUGCUACCGAUAGCAGCAGCUCAGGCUGGAUGAACCCUAGGGCUGGAGCUGGCUUGCAAGGGUCUGGAUGUCAACGACUGGAAAUGCACAGGCAAGGAGCAAGGUGGCAAAAUGGCUCAGCAGGCCAUGUGUUAGCAGGGAGUAGGACUUGCAAGAAGGUUACACAUUCUUGGUGUCCGUACAUACCAUGGACCCACUGCUGAGCUGGAGAGACCCAAUGGGCACAGUAGGCAUCCUGAGCCCCAGCUGGGAGUGCCAGACAUCUCCAAAAAGUACUGCUCUGUGCUAUUUACUCCUCGUGUGCAUGUGCUUAUGAAGGGAAGGCACCUUUUGGUCAGUAGCAAGUGAGAGAGCAGCAUUCAAAGGUCAGCACUUGUCUCUAAGGCAAAAUCCUCCAUUUCAUGGUGAGCAGAUGAAUGUGAGUGCCAGCUCCAGUGUCAGAACUGUAGUUAGGGAUCUGGAUAAUGAAAGAGGUUAAUAAUAUUUUCAGACAGUACAAAGAAAGCUGCACAUGCCUCACCUAGGACAUGAAGGUCAACCUGGAAAUACUGGAGAAAUAGUCUGGAAAAGUAGGAUAUGAUUUUACUUAAUAAUUAACAAUUUUACUUAAUGGUUAACGAAUUGUAACCUACUAUUGUUCUGCUCUGUCAUCAUGCUGUUUGGAAGAAGGAGGCAAAUGCCACAUUGAGUUGAUUGACAGGAGCAUGACCUGCAAGAAAUAGGAGACCCCUCUUUGGCUCUGCUUGGCACCACCGAGGCCUCUGCUGGAGCACGGUGCCCUGACAGUGGAGCCGAGUCCUUGCUGAUGUCUCAGACAGGCCAGACCUGUGGUCCUUCAGCCAGAGCUCGUGGCUUCUGAGGAGGAAGGCCUGCAUAAUUUGGCUGGUGAGGGGUCAUGUUCCAUGGGAUGGUUGAUAGGAGUAGCCUCCCAACCAAUGGAARCAUCCUCCUUUCCAUGGGAAGCACAAGGAGGAGUGGGUGUGAAUUGCAGAAAUUCAGGUUGGGUAUUGAGGCAAUUUUCUCUAGUGAGAAGAGGAGGUUGCCCAUGGAGGUGGUGGUUUGGCAUCAAAGGUCUGGUCAUUCAGAGCCAGGCUGGGCAAAGGCAUCUCUGGGCUGACAUGGGUGUAAUUGAUUCUCCCUUGGUGGUGAGUCCAGGUGACCACUUGAAGUCCCUUCCCACCUUCUUUGGGAAUGCUUUAUAUGAAACAYAGUAUUUUGGAAUUUGUAUUUGGAUCAAUCCUGAGCUGGUUCAUUCCACUCCCCCCUCCAUUCCCCCCUCCUUCCUUCUCCUCCUUGGCCGRUGGGUCCCAGCAGAGGUUGGCAAUGCUCUGGGCACUGCUCCCCUCUCUGCUCUGGGGCUGGAGUCCAACACCUGCAACCAAACACAGGAAUCCACCGCUGGCAGAGCAGCCAGGGACUYGUACCCAGCCAGCACCAGCUCCUGUUUGGGCUUCCCUUCAGCAGCCACAGGAAUCAUUUUACUAUGGCAAGGGAAUUUUUUUUUUUUUAACCUGAUAUAUAGAUUACAUAUAUAUAUAUAUUUACACAUUUUUACUGAAAAUGGAAGUUUUAUUACAGAAACUUGGUCUAGGGUCAGGGAAGUAGAUGUAGAGUCUCCAUAGAGGUAAGAUUGACAUGAAUGUUAUUUCUUAUUACUGCUUAAUGAAGUAUGUGAACGAAAUCUGACGAUUGUUUUCCACUAUAAGAUAUUCUGGGACACGGGUCUUAUAACAGUAGCAGCAAUGUUAUGUAUGUUUUAUGAAACUGAUCUUUUUUUUUUGUUUGGCCUGCUGUUUUUUAAUUGAAAAUGUAUUUUAAACCAAGCUAUUAAAUUUUAUAUGUUCAUUUCUAA